AGUUUACUGCAAUAUGAUGUUAUAGAUCCUCAAAGGGAUAUAUCUUCAUUUUCAAAAGAAGAAAAUAAAAUGCCAGUACUCAGUCCUGAAAACAGAUACUUAACUUCAAGAGUCACCAAAAGUUCACUUGAUGGCUGUUUUUUCUUUGAAAAUAGCUGGAAGAAAGCAGCUCUUGAAACACUAAAGAUGAAAAAAGAGUACUCCUCAAUAUUUGGUCUGAAAGAUUUCAAGGAAGUGGGUACAAUUCCAUCUCUACCAGAAGUGCAAAGAUACAGAAAAAAUACAGAGGCUCCACUAGACGUGCUUAAAAGACAUCCAUGUACUCCUCUGAAGACACCUAAAAUCAGAUUGCCAACUGAGAAGAGCUCCAAGAUUGAAAUUCCAAGCUUGAAUGAAGAUAUGCCUACUUGCCUGCCAUCAUUUUCUUUAUCUCAGAACCCUGGGCAACAGUCUGUAAAAGAAGAGAAUUUAAAAAACAGGUCAGUGAAGAGUAACCAAACAGACAGCAUGUUAUCACCUCAGGAGAAAACAAAACGUUUUAGUUUUAGAAGUCCUCUCACUGGAGCACCACCAGAAUAUUUACAGAGACUUUCUGAACUGGCCAUAUUAGAAUACGAUACUAUUCGUCAGGAAACAAGCAAAAAAUUUAAAAAAGUCAAGAAACGAGAGCUGCCACACUACUGACAAAUACUGUUUGGGGUGAUAUUGUUUUCUUCACUGGUAUCUGAUGUAGGUGUGUGUUGUUGGUUGUUGGUUUUUGUUUUGUUUUGUUUUGUUUUUGCAGUCAUGCAUAAUAUAA